UCUUCGUACUGGGAGGACGUCGUCGCUCCGCGUCUCUUGGCGAACCACGUGCGCAGCGUGACAGCUCGUACGUAAUGUAACGAAGGCAUCCUCGGCCUUGCAACGAGACGCGUCCGCGAGACGUAACCCGGUAACUUUGGAGCUCAUUCGCGCUCAUUCGGUUCAGCUCUCGCGAGACCGAUCUUUUCUCCGUCGCGAUACACGACAUUAGCGAGCGGGACAAUAGCGAAAUUUAUCGAAACGCAUUCGAGAAAUGAUAAAUUCGUAUAUCGUGUCAGUGCACCAAUUUAAUCAGUGUACAUUCGUGGACUGUAAAACGUGGCGCGAUACAUUGAUUCGACGAAGUGAUGAACGGAUGAUUGUUUUAACAGGCUGGACCGGAACUGCGAGAUUAUUGAUACCGCGCGGAUUUUGACUGCCGAUAAAAUCUGAUCGUUUUCAAAUUUCAAGCGUGUAAUCAUCGCAGCGAAACUUUGCAAGGUAUUGUUUUCUAAACAUUUAGCGAGCACAAACAUAAGUGAUAUGUGUUUUGGACACGCAACCUCGCAAGAUCCUACGAUGUUAUCGCAGAUUUGUCGCAAUAACUUGGUUACAUAAAUAAUCGCCGUCGAGAUUUUCGUUGCAACUCUUAUCGAGCGACGAGAAUAAUCUGACUAUGAAUUGUAAAUAUUAUGAAUUCAGGGAUCGUGCUCGAUCGCGUGAACCGAUUUCAAAUUACCAUGCCGGCGACGUUAUAGUCGAGGUAUCGCUGUUAUAAUCGCGUGAUACGCCGGAUGAUACGCGCGGGAAACUGCAAAACGUUCUGCGUUUAACGUCAAGUCCUCGAUUUCUAGAUAAAAGCGAAAUCUUGAAACAACGAGAACUCGCAAUUCGGAUGCUUUAACCGCGAGGAGUAAAAACGAAGAAGACAAGACUAUCGACGGAAGACGGAAGGCGACACGUCCUGAAAAACGGAAAAACGCAGCGAUCGAGCGCGAUAGAACGGAGACGACAGAAGGCGACGAAAAAAGAGAGACAGAGGGAGAAAGAAAGACGAGAGGAAAGAGUAACGGCGAAUUGAGGGAAGAGAGCGGAAACGCGAAGAGGGAGAGAUAGAGAUUUCUGGGCACGCGCACUCCACCUGCUAGCGUGUAGUGGCACGCGCCAUACUCACCGCCUUCUCCCUGCCACCCCCGUCGUCACUCACGCUGCCGCUUCACCCCUCUCUCCUUCUCGCCCACCCUCUAUCUCCGACCUCUCUUUCUCUCGUGUGCGCCCUCCUGGCCCUACCGCGGCAGCCGUCGCUGCUUUUCCCCCUCCUCCCGCGGGAAUCCCCUCCCGUGUUCCUCUCUCACGCGUGCCGCGGCCACGAAGAGACCGGGACGCGCGGGAGUCAAUCGCUCGCGGUCUUCGACAGGGCAAACACACAAGGUCUUUGCACUCCUCUUUUCUCUCCUCGGUGCGCUUCAUUUCCGAACGCUUGCUCGGCUUAUUGUUCUUUGGACUUUCUUUUUUUUGUGCGAGCUUUCUUUUUCUUACGGCACGGACUCUCGUGUACAUGUGCCACCGCUGUCGAGAUAGAGAGAGACAGCGAGAUUAGUAGUUACGACAACGUUAUCCCGCACUCGUGCCGUGAGUCGACCAAGUGCUGCGCGAGUGCCUUGGCGGGAUUGAUGACAGUGUCCUUUCGUUAAAACAUAGCACGACUACCUGUGCUCGUUCGUGAGCGUGUCGAAGGGCCGAGAGACGCCGCACGACGGGAGUCGUCAGCCAAUGUUUGCGUAUGAAAGAAUCCGGUCGCCUUCCUGCGUCUCACCCUCCUUCUGCUGUGCGUCUGCUGCGAGGGAGGAGGCGCGCACGAUCUCUGUACUGUAAACCGAGCGAGCAAAGGGGCAACGGGGAGGACGACGACGAGGACGACAACGACAGCGACAACAAAGACACGGCUGUGAUCCAAAGCCGUGCGAAAGAAACACGAAUAGGACAGGCAUUUUGAGAAGAAGAGACGGGGAAAAGGUGUGCGAGCAGAAGGCAAGAAAAUGGGAAAGAACGGGAUGCGGUAGAGGGGGAAACGGUGCAUGUUAACGUGCCGUUCCUACCACACGACGACGAAAAUAGUCUCACGAGAGUUAGGUAGGCGCAAACACAGGCGAGGCGGCGACGGACGAACAAAACAUCGACAGCUAGGCGGAGGAAGGGCGAGAGCCGAGAGUGAGACAUUAUAACAGUCCAGUAUUUCGUGCGGUGCGGUGCGGUGCAUAAUUGAAAUUUUGCAACGAUUCUUCCAUUUCGUCACGACGAGGGGAAGGCGCGAGGACUUGUGACAGAUUAUCAGCGCGAUUGGACACCUGCAAGUGUAGCGGUGCGACGGUGACUUUUUCCUUCCCGCCGAAAAGGAGCGUCGACGUCGCGCGCGAACGAUCAGCUGUUUCACCGUGGAGCAGCGCGGCGAGUCGCAGCGCGAGAAGCCCACGCGCGACGUCCUACGUCGCGACGCGGCUACGUCCGAGGGCCGAGAAUCCGUGCCGCGUAUUCCGCGUCGCCGUUCAGAAAACCACCUGUUGACGAUUUACGAGGGAAAAUCGAAGCGCGCGGCCGUCGUCGGUGAUUUCCUCGACCUCGUUGCCACGCUUGCGAUCCGCAAGAUCACGGAGAGGCACGUUUUCUGGCACGAAACCACGUCGUGAUGCGAUACGAAGCGAUAACACGAGCGUCAGUAACGCGCGAGCUUUUUCUCCGAGACACCGUUCAACUGUUUUAGGUUUGUUUUCGGAUCUAAAACGGAACAGAAAUUGUAGAUUCGUCGAAAGAACUGUUUUCGCGAGAGACACGAAGACGGUCUUUCAUUUAUUCGCGUCGAUUAUUUUUUCGGAAUGUGUAAACUUGUGGCAAAAGACCUUUCGUGAUUAUUGCUCUUGGGAAUUUACAGAAAUCGGAGACUGUAUUGUGCGUCAUCGAGAAGCGUAAACAGUCGCGACGUUUCGAUUGUUUUUCGCGGCUGACGCGUCGUUAUCGUCGAUAUGUAUCGUUGCCGACUGUGAGAACUCGGCGAGUUCAUAGGUCAGUGAAUAGCUAGCGGCAUCCAAGGCCAUGUCGAACCAAGUGCCAUGCUUUCUCGGUGAGGAAAGAUCGGUAACUCGAGCACAAAGCUGAUAAGACGAGUGUUGAGAAAAAUUCCACGGACUGUGCGUGACGCGCGUCGAGCAGAAACGACACCGAUAUUGUUGGUGUAUCGUCGGCGGUGAUAGCUAGUCAAAUUGUUAGAUGGGCAUUAUAUUUCACGGACGAUCGAUAGCAAAUUGACGCUGUGCACAUUCUGAGAGCGUGAACGCGGUACGAAAAAGGGUUGAGUGACAUUUAACGGCAGCGAGAGCACGAAUAUAUUAAGCGAGAACUCUCCGGUGCGGUUUGUCGCGCUUUUUCCGCGGUUCGAGUGGCGUUUAGCCGUCAUUCGAUGCCAUCGAGAUAACGGUAUAAUCGAAUCGAAUACACGAUCGAGAUCCGAACAAGUGUAUUGAGCGUUCGUGUGGACAUACGUUUUCCUCGCAAAUAGUCGAACGAUGUUGAGCUCUUAAUAGCCGUUAGCUGCAGCCUACCAUUGUUUGAAGACGGUCAAAAAAUAUACCGUUACGAAUCAGAAACGCGGAGAAUCGUGCGAAAGAGAGCAGUGACGUGUAUCAUCAGACGAGUGAAAGAAAGAUGACAUUCAAGUUUCGUUGAUAUUUACGGGUAUGACAAGAAAAGUUUAACCAAAUAGCAUCUUUCGAAAAUCUGUAUCUUGAAAACUCCGUGUCUGCUUAACAACACAAAGGACGCGGAGGACCUGCAGGAGAAUGGUGGACCCACCCGAGUCAGGGCCACAGGCCCAAACUUUUCUAUGAAAAGAAAUCUUCCUUCUGUCACGUCGUUCGUGCCACACUAUAUUAUCUGGAAUGAUGCAGAAAUUCCUGAAGAGGACGGCCGAGGAGUUAGAGCCAGCCACUGGCGCUAGUGGCGACGGUGGUUUCGGCGAGCCGCCGGUCAAGCUGCAAUGCACGCAGCCGCCUCACCAGCAUCAGCAGGGUCCGGGCGGUGGUGGUGGCGGUGGGCCUCAUCACGGCCACGGCCAGCAUCAGCCGGGCAACGGCGCGAAUUCGGCGGGUCCGACGCCCGGCGGCGGGGGCGGCGGUGGCAACGGUGACGGAAACGAGGGUCUCACCAAGUUUCAAGUGCAAAUUGUCCAACAGCUGGAGUUUACGACCUCGGCGGCGAACAAUUCGCAAGCGCAGGCAAUUUCUACGAACGUAACGGUAAAAGCGCUAACGAAUGCGUCGGUGAAGAGCGAUCUCCUGAACGCGUCUUCCUCGCCGAAGCCCGGCCCGGACGCGUCUGCGUCUAGACCGCAACCCGGAAACAGCAGCGGUCCCAACGGUCCCGGUCCAGGUGCCGGCGGCGGCGGCGGCAACGGAAACGGCGGUGGCGGCAUCGGCUGUGUCGAUAUCGGUAAUCUGGUCGAGUGCAAACAGGAACCCGACAACGAGUUCGUCGACCUGGAGCAGUGCGCCGCGGCCUUGGAGAAGGACGCCGCGGCGAACGGCACCGGAUUUCCCGGCUUUUCCGAAUUUAUGGGCGACGACACCAACGACGAAAUUAUCACAUCGGACGCGUUCAAGGAUCUCAUCUCCGAGAUAUCGGAUUUCCCGCCCGAGUUUAUGAAAGACUUCGAUUUCGAGGACAAGAGCGUCGAUACGUUGACGAACAAUGCUGCGGCCGUGGCCGCGGCGGCGGCAGCGGCGGCUGCCGCAGCCAAUAAUAGCAACAAUACUAACAACGGGCUCUCGACGACGAACAACGGGCAGAUCAAAAUUGAAGACGACAAAGAUGCGAUUCAUCAACAGCAGCAGCAGCAGCAGCAGCAGCAGCAGCAGCAGCAGCAACAGCAGCAGCAGCAGCAACAGCAGCAGCAGCAGCAGCAGCAUGCCAAUGGCGUAAACAACAGCGUCAACAGCAACAAUGUUAACAACAACAACGGCAACGCGAUGCCCGCAAACUCGAGCCCGGGCGCUCUCGGUACCUCACAAUAUUCACCCGCCCGACUUCCUUACUCCGGGCUGGAUUUCAAAUCCGAGAUGAGUCCCGCCGCGCAGACGCUCAAGCAAAUGGCCGAGCAGCAUCAGCACAAAAGUCAGCAGCUCGGUCUGGGCGGAUUCAAUCCUACGGCAGCCGCAGCGGCCGCAGCGGCGCGAAACCCGACAGCGAGGUCUCCGUACGCCGAAUUUUCUCAGUUCAGCGGCGCGUCCGAUUAUCUCGGCAGUCCCGGCAGCACAGGUCCGGCCGGUGGACAGACCCAAGCUACGGCCCCGGGAACCGGCUCGUAUCACAAAAAUAACGGCACGCCGACCUUCCAGAGUCAACAGACCAACGAUAUGUUUGUCAAUUCACAGUCUCAGUUCGCCGCGGCGGGUUUGACGGACAUGAAAAGGCCCCAGCCGGCUGCGACCGGCGGCAAACCCGGCAUGCUCGGACCCACCGGCGGUUACAAGCAACAGUAUUCGCCAUACGGCAGUCCGGGCUCGAUGCCGAAUCACGGCAGCCCGGGAUAUCUGCCUCCCAGAGGAUCGCAAGGAGGCGGGCCCAAUCAAACUGGCUCGCAGGGACCCUUCAACACGACUUCCACACCACCGAGGCCUCCUUCUGGACCCGGCACUUCGACCCUGCAGAUCAAUCAGGCGCAGCAACUGCACAUCGGCAACCAGAUACAGGUAUCGGCCGGCCAGCAUAUGCAACUCUCAGGCGAUCUGAAGCCGGUCGUGUCUGUCGCGGCGCAGCAGGGCAUGUACUUCAAUCAGCAGCAGACGCAGAAUCAGGCCGGGCCCGCCGCCAACCAGACCGAUACCUAUUGCUCGGUCUCGCAGUCGCAGACCAUCAAUUUCACGCAGCAGAGCCUGAGGCAGAGGGCGGCGGCGGCCGCGGCUGCAGGCGGAGUGCCGCAGCCUGGAGCCGGUGGUCCAGGAGCGCGGGGCCAUCCGCAGCAGGUGCCGCCGGGCCAGGUCGAUCAGCAUCAGCACGCGAAGCUUCUCCAGCAACAGCAAUUGAUGCGCGCGCAACAGGUAAUGCAACAGCAACAACACAUGGCAGGCGGGAUGAGCGUGAGACCGCCACCACCCGAGUACAAGACCGCGGCCCAGGCGCAGAUGAUGCACGCUAGCAUCGGAAUGGGCCAGCAAGCGAGAUUCGCGAAUGCCGGACCCUUGCGCAGAGUUACGCAACAACCCAUGCCGCCGUCAGCACCCCCGAAAUAUAUGAGAAUCGAUCGUGUUCAGUCAGCGAAUGAAAAGAGCCAGUUAACAUAUAAUAAGAUUCGUUGUUUGAUGAUGAAUAACAAUGAAGGUCCGAUGAUGAGGCCGCAAAUGGCGCAACAGCAGCAGCAGCAGGCGUUACACGCGGCCGGCGGUAAUAUGUACAUGGGCGGCGGUGGGAUGGCCGCCAUCGGCAGUAUGCAUCAGAUGCAUCAACGGCUAGGGUACCCGAGAACCAACAAUCAACGGCCGCCCAACGUCAGCGUCGGCCCUCCGGACGGCCUUGGGAACAGCAUCGCGGGCCGCGGCGCCCAGCAGGAGUGGCGGCACGUCCUGAUGCAGCAACAGCAGCAGCAGGGCUUUCAGGCGCAGAUGCGAUCGCAAUUCAACCAGCAAGGUCACCAAAGCGGCUUCGGCAUGAGUGGCACGGGCGGCACAAUGCAAAUGACCGCGGCGCAGAUGCAACAUCAGCAGUUAAUCCGCUCACAAAACGGCGGCAUAGCCGGCACGGGAAUGGCUAACAACACGCAGAUGCAGCAACUGUUGACACAACACCAACAACAGACACUUGCUAUGCAACAACAACAAAACAAUAAUCAGAUGUCAUUGCAGAUGCAGAUGUCACAGACAUCCUCCGUUAAUUCGGUCAACGUCACCGGAACUGGUUCUCCGUUGCAUCCACAUCAGCAAUACGGAACGGGUAGUCCGGGAGUGCGCAGUUUACCGCCGCAGCAGCAGCACACUCAACCACCACCACCACCACCGCCCACCACUACGGAUCCGUCCGUGGCGGCUGCUGACUUUAGCCUCGAAUUCCUGGAAAAUCUUCCUACGGACACGUCGAACUUCAACGCUCAAGAGCUGCUUAAUUCUCUUGACCCGGGCGGUUUCAAUCUCGAUAUUUUGUAAUGAGACCAUGCCUGCGCUGUGCGGUUGAUUUUAGAUGUCGAUAUUGGGCGCUAUGUCGAUUUGCAAUGUCGCACACGAGAUCAACCAUUCUUAAUGAAAUAUGUACUUGGCACAGUGAUGCGGAUGAGUUUUACUUCGUCUGUCCGCGUAUCAAUUUGUUUGUUAAUACAUUAUAUUAUAUAAAAAGAUAUCGCUGUGUCUCUAUAUCUAUCUGACGAAAAUCUCUUGUACAAAGUAUUUGAUUUAUUUAAACUAAUUGAAUUAAACGAAAGCAAUAAGUAGCAUGUUUUUUUAAUUUUUUUUAUUUUUCUGCUUUUAAAGAUGAAAAUGAAGAUAAGAACGGUUAUACGCGACACUAUUCGUUCCAAGUACUUCCUUACAUUUUGACAGUUACCAACCGGUGCGACAGCGUCCCAAAUCGGUCGUAGUGCAUUCUCGGUCGUCGCUUCCGCGGCCGCCGACUAUUCUCUAGGCAAUCAUGUUUUAGUAAAAUUUAAUUUUGUAAUAAUCCGCCGCGAGGCGAAAGGAGAUAAACCUACAGAGAUGUGGUAGCGUGGGAUAUUAAGAGGUACGUGGAAAUCGUUCUAUCACUCGUUUUCUUAUUCAGCGACAAUCGCGCACUUGGAAAAAAACGCCAGUUCCGUAAUUUCCUAUUUUUUUUUUUCAAGUUCGCCAUGCCUGACUGUCUCGAGAACGAUCGAUAAAUUACCGAGUGCUCGUGUCGACGACACUGCGAUGACCUCGACGGGCACUCUACGAGACGAUUCUCCUCUCUCUUGAUUUUUCACGUCGAAAUCCACGAAUAUAGAUAGAGAUAUUGAUAUAAAGGCCGAUUAUAGUUUACUCGAUUGAACUUACUCGGUCGCGAAAAUUGGUUACCUUGCGCCGUCUCUUAAACACGUCCAAAUUUUCGGACGGACGAGCUCGGCCGGGCGUUAAUACUUGAUUUAUAAGAAUAAUAAUGUAAUAAUAACGGUUAGAAAAUAGCAUAUUUAAUUAUGUCAUUACUGACAUAUUUAUACAAUUAACAGCAAGUCAAUUAUCAAACAUUCGAUUUUAUGAGUUUUUGCGACGCGAAAUGCCAAGUCAACGGCAAAUCGCGUCAAUCCGGUCGAUUAUAUCUGGCAGAUUCUUAUAUGUGAAAGACAGGACGGGGAAACUUCCUCUUAAACUGCUAAUGCAUUACUAGCAUUAAUAUGAUAUAUAAAAAGAAACCUUCAUUGUACAUAGAUAUUGACAACUAGAGAAAUUCGAGACGUUAAGACCGCACAGUUUAGCUGAGUAUAUAAAAAAUAAGAAACCUAUAAUAUAGAUGAAUAUUAUUAUAAGUAGUGAUUAUAUGACGGUAAUACGGUGAUGUAUGCGGAAAUGCGUGCAAAAGGAAUUAGUGCGAGACUGAGAAGGGAGAGUAUGGUGAAAGGCGUGAAACGAAUGUAUCAGCGAUAGAGCACAUUUGCUAUAAUCGAUUAUAUUUAUUAAGUUUUAAUUAUCUGAAUGUGCUGUAUCGCGGCCGCACACAAAUCACGGUAAAAAAAAAAAGUAGAUUCCGUUUUCGAUGCGGCGAACUACUCGGUGUUUUUCGGAAAAACAAAUAUUUCUCAGAUUUUUUUUCACGCGGAGUGUAUCGUCGAAAUAUUUACCCUUUCUUUUUACCUUAUUAGACACAAUAAUUAACGUAUUUCGGAUUUUUUUUUCAACUUGCGAAUAACAAAUAAAACCGAUUGCUCUUAAAUUCUGUGCUUUAUGUUGUCGUUCGUAUACGGAAUCGUUAAUAAUUUUCACAAUGUAGUUCGAUGCUACAAGAAAAGGAAUCUGCGACUAUUCUUCCAAAUAGCGAUACAUUCCAUAGAUAACAAAAAAAGGAUAGCGAUCUGUGGUUCGUCUAAUCAAAAGUACCGUUUUUAAAGAGCAAAAUUCACGGCAGAGAGGAAUAUUAAUAUUGUAAUAUAAGAGACGCAGAUAUUGAAUUCCGUGCUUAAUAUGUAGACAGAAAGCACAUCCUCGACCGUUCGCCGAAAGUGUGCAUGAAGACUUCCGAUUGGAUUUUAUUGUCGCUUGUCGCGAUCUUCGCUAAAAGGUAGCGAGUCUCGCGUCGAGUGGAUUAGGAAAUAAUAAUAAUCAUUUUUUAAAUUCUCAUUCGGGCAGAGUGAUGCUGUCGUCUUGUAAAAUAUUGGGGCCACGAAACAUAAUCUAAAAAAAAAAGGGGAACGAAGGAGACAGUUGCUCUAAUUCUCACGUCAAUACCUUUGUAAAAUGAGAAAAUCGCCAUUAUACUGAUGUUUGUUUGUCGUUUUGUACGUUUCACACGAGCGAGGGGGGGGGGGAAAUGGGGAGGCGGAACUGCGCAUUGUUAUAGGAAAGAGCAUCAGGGACCAACCAAGAGAGCAAAGUGCGUGAUGUCGAUUGUCACAGUGGGUCGUUGUCUCUUUUUUUUUUUUUUUUUUCCGUGCAGAUAUAAUCGGAGGUGUCGAUAAGUCGCAGUGCCUAAAAAGAAUUUAACCCGAGUUUGUUACCGAGUUGUUCGAAAAUUAACAACGGUUUUCAGCAUACGCUCGCAAAGCUUGUACAGGAAUUUACGCACUUACGCACAGACGGAAAUCGUGACAUGACGCAUCGUUGAAGCUUUGACGUUUACACUGUCGACAGUCGAUCGUGGCGGAGCACGACAUAAUCGAGGCGAUGAUUGCGACGUGUUAAUUUCUCAACGAUAAACUUGGUUGGGGCGCAUAUAUAUCGCAUUAUUUAUAAAUAUUUAUAAAAGAAACAUUAUAUAACACGGGCAUUUCGUACGUAGAAUAAAUUCCAUGUUGAAUUUCGAAUUGUUAUUAAUAAAAGCGUUGAGUUCCUACAAAA